UCUGGACUUGUGGCUCCUACUCUGGACCAUACCGGACCGUAACGGCCAGUACCCACAAAGUUUUUAUAAGAAACGGAUACUUUAAAUGUUAUUUCAUAGCAAUGGGGGGUAAGAAUAAACAGCGAACUAAAGGAAAUGUUCGGCCGUCCAGUAGUGGUCGAGCCGCUGAGGUGCUGACCCGGGAAGGUGGCGUCAUUCCCGGGUUUGUGGGAUUUGACACAACGGUGACUUCGGAGCUGAGUUAUGUUCCCGCUGUUCACGGUGCAGAGGAGAUAGAUAAUCUGGUAGACGCUGAUUUUCGCCUAGUACUCAGAAAACUCUCCAAAAGAGAUGUUGUCACACGACUGAAAGCUGUCCAAGACUUUGGAUCCAUGUGUCAGGAACGGGAUGCUGAAGAGGUGAAAGGGGUGCUGCCAUACUGGCCCAGGAUUUACUGCAAGAUAUCAGUGGACUAUGAUCGCCGUAUCAGGGAAGCCACACAGAUCGCCUUUGAGCAGCUGGUGCUGAAGGUACGUCGCAGCUUGGCCCCAUUUUUGAAGAGCUUGAUGGGACACUGGAUUCUAUCCCAAUGUGACACCUAUACACCUGCAGCAUCUGCUGCAUGCCAGGCUUUUCAGGCUGCUUUCUCCCCUGCUAAACAACCAGAGGCCCUCAGCUUCUGUAAGGAGGAGAUCCUUAAUGUACUUCAGGAUAUUUUGUUGAAAGAAACAGCAAAUACACUAAGUGACCCACAAAGUGUUUCAGAGGAGGAGAGAGAAGCCAAAUAUUUGCGCGUGGUGACCAGCUCUCUUCUUGGAGUGAAGAGGCUGCUUUCCCUGCUGCCCCAGAGUGAGCGGGUACUCCUGGAACCAAGACUUGCAGAACUCCUAAACUCCGGAAAGUUCUGGAAGUACAGCAAGCACAAAUCACCACAGGUGCGAGGGGCAUUUUUUGAGAUGUUAUGUGCAUUGUGCGAGUUCACCCCUGCACUGGUCCAGGCUGAAGCAGCACGACUCUGCCCUGCUGUACUCCUGACAAUCGAUGACACAGAUCCUGUGGUGCUGCCACCUGUAUGGGAAGCUGUUCUUCAUGUGGUCUCUACUAUCCCUGACUGUUGGACACAUGUAAAUGCCAAGAAAGGCUUCUUACCUAAACUGUGGGCUCUGCUAAAAGAAGGUGGCAAAGGCAUGGCCAAAGCACUUCACCCUAAUCUAAUGCCACUUCUCAGUAAACUGCCUCAACAAGUUACUGAUCCCACAUUGGAUUUCUACUUCAGUUUCUUCACUUCACUCAUAAAUGGUUUGUCUAGUGAGCGUGCUGUGACAAGCCCCACAGAAAGUGCAGUAAUAGUAGCUUCUGUUGUGGAGUGUCUGAGAUACUGCAUACAGCAAAACGCAGAAGAAGAGGAAGGUCAGAAAAAACUCCGAACCAUGCUUUUAUCUCAGCAGCUUUUACCAUUACUGGAGACUGCUCUUGGAAGUUCCUCCAUUCAGAAUGGUCCUCUUUUCCUUUUAGUCACUGAAAUGCUUAUUUCCUGGGAAAAGAGAGCAGGUCUACAUGGCGUUGGUGAAUCUAAUGACAGGAGAGAUGUCUUUCAGGGGCUUGUUGCAGAUUUCUGGGAGGAACUGGCGCUUUUGUUUGUGCGCUAUACAGACAGCGACGGAACAGAGCCACAGGUUUUGGAAGGGAUUGCCACGUUGUUGCAGGUGAUGCGUUACCCGGAGAAAGUGAACAGAAAGCACGCCCAGAAGAAAAAAUCUGUCAAGAUCUGUUUCUCUAAGCCGGAAGACAAUGAAAAGACUGGGAUUGAGGGGGAUGAUGUUGAGAAGACUGUGCAGACAGUGUCACAGCUUGUGAAUGAGAGGGCAUUUGGAUCCCUGCAGACGCAGCAUUUUGAGGAUGUGGUGUGCCAGCUGGCACAGCUGUGUCUUGUGCAUGUGAAUGAGAAAAACUCUGAGAGACAUCUUGUUUUCCUUUCUGGUCUCCUGCGGUCCUUUCACACACCCAGGGUCUUUACCACAUUGGUAGAAUGGGAUGAUAAACCAUUAGACAACAGUGAGCAGAGGGACAAAAUGGACAUGAAGAACCCAGCUUUGCAUUUCCUUCUGGAACGGGUAGUGGUGUGGCUGGCCGAGAAGGGACGCAGAAACACUGAGCACCUGGUGGAAAUGGUUUUCAGCUCAUUUAACUGCUGCAGCCGACAGGAGACCACUCGCAUCCUCAAUCACAUCACCACGAUGGAUUUACAGUGGGGAAUUAUCCUACAAAUCAUCCAGAGGUCAUGUGCAGAUGCUGAGACUCUUCAGAGCUGUAGUGACUGGCUGAAAGGGUCAGUGUUGGGUGAGCGACUCUUAGGAUUGACUGAGGAGCUGUGUAAAGUGGGACCCUCCUCUUCCAGCUCUCCUUCUACAAACAGCCACAGCUGGACUCUUAUCAGCCUCGUCCUUUCUCAGCACCACAACAAUGUUCCUCUGAUAGGAGAGGUUUACAUGGAAAAGAUCCUGGAGAGGCUGCAUGCCACUCUGUCUGAGACCAAGAGUCUGUCAGAUGCAGGCAACAUUGAGCCACUCAUUUCCUUCAUCUGUGAUGUUGCCUCCACAUUCUUCUCCUCAGUACAAGACUGUCUUCUACUUGUGUCUGCUGAGGAAUUACUGCUCACAGUCUUCCAACACACAGCGCAAGAUCAAACACAUACACACCUUUCUGACUCACUUAUAGGUAAGCUAAGGAAAGUGUGUGUAGCUGGUGUCCAGUCGUUAGUCCAGCACUCAGAAGAUCAAGUCAGGGAGAAUGGUUUCCUGCAUAGUGCUGCUCUGUGGGUGAAGAACCAACUACUCACUGCCAACUUGGACAAUAAAAGUUUACAGGUUCUGGUUCUGGCUGUUCAAAGCCUUGUGGAGACAAUUAUUUCUGUCUGCAAUCAAGAGUCACCUCUACUCAUCCAGUUCUUUAACCUCUUGACACCAAGUGAGGCAGAGUGGACAAGAAUUAGACAAGCCUUACCACCUCAGUGGGUUAAGACUCCCUUAUUGUCAGGUCGUCUGAGAGGAGUUUGGGAAAAACCCUCAGUGGACAUGUGGAAGUUUAGAGCCUCAAACAGGUUGCCAGCCCACUUAUGUUCCUGCGCCCUGUUGGGAAGUGUGGCCCGGACAGCUACAAUCAUACCUUGUGACCAAAAGGAGAUGGAAUGUUCUUCAAACUUCCCAAACCUUAGGCACACAGUUGCAGAGUUGCUUUAUGCUCUCCAGUGGUGUAAGGAGGUGGAGUACAGUCCUGCUGUUGUGUCAGCCUAUCAUACCAUGUUGGUUGACCUGGGUCUGUCUGAAGGAUUUCAUAGCCUAGUUCCAAUGAAAGAACUGCUGCAGACACUCUAUACAAGAUCCAUGGAGAAUGGAGGUUUAUGGUCUGUGACUUUAGAAAACUACAUCCAAAACAACAACUUGGCAGCCACUCAGAGUGGCACCCUGAGGAAACUCUACAACACAGCAGACAGUUUAUUCCCAGUGUCUCAGAGCAAACUGAGUACCCUGCAGGUGCUAAGCCCCACCAUGACCAAAGAAGACAGAGCGGCUCUUGUAGCUUUGGCUACUGCUGGAAUAAUCAACUGGCAAGAGGAUGAGAACGUGUAUGGAUGCUUGGCAGUGUUGCUCUGCUGUCUCAAAGCUGAUACACAGGUAGAGGAGGAGGUUGUACAAGCGAUUUUAGCCACUGUGAUGGAGUGGAGGAACAGCAGGGAGGACUGGUUCCUCUUCAGCAGUGAUCUGUCCAAAACAUCUGCAGAACAGUUGAACCUUACUGUGGAGAUGAUGCGUUUCCUGUCCUGGCUGGUGGCUCACUGCCCCUCUUUUCUUGGGGGCAACCAGUGGGACUUCGUACUCUGCUCUGUAUUAGCUUGGUUGGAGACUGCCAGUGAGAAUGUGAAUAGUCUGUGGAGCCCAUGGGUGCAGCUAUUUGUGUGUGAGAACGCUGCACUUAUUGUGAAGCUGAACCAGUUCUUCGCCUCACCACCUCCUGACGUACUGGACAAGCUACCGUCAGAAUUGGCAGAUGAAUGGAAAGAUUUCUUUGUUGAUGGAAUCUACAACUUGCUGUUGCCUUUGCCAAUCAAAAUCACAGAUGCCUUUCCUGAACCAGACGAAUCUGUGUUCCCUUUGGUGGUGCUGCAGUCAGUUGGUGUAGCUCUGACAUAUGUGCCUCUGAAGCAGUUAACAGAUAACUCGCUGCCAGCACGAUUCAUAGCCGACCAGAAGACAAACCUGCCAGAACCCCUCCAGACGCUCCUUAAUACCCUCUGUCCUCUGCUGCUGUUCAAAGCCAGGCCGCUGCAGAUCACCGUCUACCACCUGCUGGAAAAGGUCAUGCCACAGCUGCCAGAGUGUGAUGGAGAAGGAGACAGCAACAAGUCUGAUGAUGGUGGAGAUGAGCCAUGUCUUUCUCCUCCAGCAUCUCUGAUGGUCAUUCUGUCCACCUGUGAAGAGCUCUGUGAAAACAUCCUGACAGGAGUUCAAGUUGGAGAGUAUGCAAUGGUCCAGCCUCUGAGUGUUGAGUACUCCUGCAUCCUUGGGUAUUUGCUGGCUUGGAAACUGCUCCUCACUUUUUUCAGAUCCUCACCAUCUCAUCUGCGUGCCCAUUAUGCCCAGUAUCUUAAGAGAAGCGGCUCCCUGAACAAGCUCCUUCUCCACCUUUUCAAACUGAUGCCAGAAACCCCCGUCUACCCAGGCCAGGGGGCAGAAACCAAAGAGACCAAGACCUUCUUCACAGAGAACCUGUCCUUGGCUGUUGACAAAAGCCACAGUGUUGAAUGGGAGCUCCCUCACCUGGCAUGCAGUGUAUACUACAGUACAGUGCAGGACCUGCCCGCCAUGGUGCGACUGUGGUGGAACAGCCAGGAGAAGAGAGUGAGCGCAGCUGUGGAAAAAUUCACCAUAAAAUAUGUCAGUCCUAUUCUCUCAGCCCAGGAGAUCUCAUCUGUCCACUCCAGCACUCAGAUGUUUGACAGCAUGACUGUCAAGGCUCGCUCAGCAGCACGGGAGGUGAUCGCUACCUAUUCUGUGGAUGAUAUCUUCAUCGAGCUAGUGAUUCAACUACAGCAGAACUACCCCCUGGGCUCCAUCACUGUGGAGAGUGGGAGGCGUGUGGGUGUUGCUGUGCAGCAGUGGAGAAACUGGAUGCUGCAGCUUAGCACUUACCUCACACAUCAGAAUGGCAGUAUAAUGGAGGGCCUGGCUCUGUGGAAGAACAACGUGGAUAAACGUUUUGAAGGAAUAGAGGAUUGCAUGAUCUGCUUCUCUGUUAUCCAUGGCUCCAACUAUUCCCUUCCAAAGAAGGGCUGCCGCACCUGCAAGAAGAAAUUCCACUCAGCCUGUCUGUACAAGUGGUUCACUUCCAGCAACAAGUCCACCUGUCCGCUGUGCAGAGAAACCUUCUUCUAAAACGCAUGGACACACACCUGCAUGAAAGGUUGAUGGAUAAGUGAUGUGCAUAGUUCUCAGUCAACCAGAACUGUAUCAAAUUAUAAUAACAUGCAGAAGAUGAUUAAGAUGCUCAUGUGAUGUGAGGUCUAAUUUAUGACAUGAACAUAUGGAUUAAAAGAACUGUGUGUUGUAUUUAGUGGCAUCUUUAUGCCAACCUUCCCUCACCACUCAUUCCUUUUCAAGCAUGUGAUAGAGCCUGACAGUGGCUCCAACAUGCCCCCUCCAGAUCCAGUGUUUGGAUAGUGUAGAAACAAGGCCUUGAGACCUAAGUGUGGGGCUAUGAUCAUAUGACGAUCUGAAUCAAGAUUUCUGGUGGUCUCAGUCUAUGAUAUGACAGCUUUUUUAAGUUAUCUGACUAAAAAGUCUUUCCUUCUCAAUUAAUUUUUGCAGUUUUUUGGACUGUUUGGCCUGUACAGUAGUCCAUGCUUUCUAUAACUGUUUGCCAUACUUAUGAGAUGGUCUUUUUCUGGUCUUAAUCUUUUUCCCAUUAAUUACCUAGACAUUGGACUGUUGCUUCAGCCAGUCACUUGUGUGAAUUCAGAAUUAUUGUCUGUUGAAGUUCACGCCCCAGACCACCAGUUUACAGAGUUGAGAGAUUUUCACACCAGGGGCGAUCCAAGUUUACACCAUGUGCUUCACUUAUUCAGUAAGAGACUGGAAUAUAUUUGCGAUAAGUUGUUUGAGAGAAAUAGUUAUAAAUUCAGCAUCACCUGGACCUUUACCUCCGACCUGUGUUUCCAUCCAUCUGAUCCAGCUUGUUCUGUUCUUCUGGGUCCAUGGCCAGGUAAAAAGUCACUCACGGGACAACUAUGGUUGAUUCAUGGUGUUAAGGUUACAGAAACUCCUCACUAUCCUGCUAGUCUAGUUGUUUGUUGAUGCUUGUCCACACGUAGUCCUUCACUUCAUUACAAUUUGUGUCUUUUUAUAUUGAACACUGGCUAGACAUUGACAGGUCCAGAUUCAUCAUUGUUAAUACAUGAUCUCACAAAUUAUUGAUUGAUGCAUUUACUUGUACUGCGAAAGCUUGGAAAAAAUCAACCGUGUUGCAAAAAAUUAAAACAUCUCUUCUUCACUGUGACAUAUUUGGCCUGCGUGAAAGCACUCAUGACUGUUGAAAAAACAGUUUAUCACACAAAAGAAAAUGCCCCAGGUAUGUAAAGGCCUUUACUGUUGAUUCUUCACUAUUUGAAGUUGUCAUUUCUUUAGCCUUGAAUUAUUAUCGCUACAAAUUACCCAUGAUGCAACAGUGUCUGUAAAAUACAUUAAUUACACGGAUACUUUGUCCAUUUAAAAUGAAAGUUAGCUGAAUCAGAAAGUUUUGUCUGUAGUUUUUAUGUGCAUUUAGUGAUUUGAUCUGCACAAUCCCUCUGAAAGGAAGAUCAUCUGACAAAUUAAGAUCCACAAUGUCCACAAUCUGAGAUUUAAGAACCCAGCUCUAACUGGUGGGCUUCAUUGAAGAUCAUGGAAUUGAUAAAAACAGUAGUUAUGAUAGAUUAUCUGAUUUGCUAUAUUCCAUAUCUACCACUAGAUCCUCCUAAAUCUCACACACUGGUCUUUAAAAAAUUUCUGACUGUCUCAGAAAAUCUUGUUCAACAUGAUCAGAAUAAAUUUGAGUACAACGGAUGUUGAUCGUAUUUUAGUCGCUUUUAUGUUCAUAUUCAAUGUUUUUGCCAGUGCAAAUUCUAAGUAUAUAUAGUAUUAAUAUCUGUACUUUUCUGAAGUUGUUUUUUUUUUUUUUUAUGUUUAAAGACCUUGUGCUGUAGAAAGGCAGAGUCAAACAGCUGGGAAAGUCACAGCACACUUCAAUAAGUGCAGUGACCAAACUGAAGACUCAUUUUAUUAACUAAAACAAAGAUGGUUUGUGGUGUAAAGACAGGUUUCACAGAUAUUUCCUAAUAUUUAGGAGUGUAAAGAAAUGAUGUCUUAUUUGUGACAUGCCUUAUACUAUUGUAACAUGGUGAGAUUACCAGUGAAUUAGAGUUCAGAGAAUUACUUUUAAUUUCAAAAGGGAGAUGCUCUAAUGAAGUCUACUGAUUUGUUUCCUCGCCUGUGCCUGUAUACAGCUGUAAAUGAUGCUGGAAGUGAAUAAAGUGGAAGUGGAUAGACAUU